UCGGGACUGUCCAUCAUUUUAAAGGGUGCCUCAGGACUGUCCAUCAUUUUAAAGGGUGGCUCGGGACUGUCCAUCAUUUUAAAGGGUGGCUCGGGACUGUCCAUCAUUUUAAAAGGUGCCUCAAGACUGUCCAUCAUUUUAAAGGGGUGCCUCAGGACUGUCCAUCAUUUUAAAGGGUGCCUCGGGACUGUCCAUCAUUUUAAAGGGUGCCUCGGGACUGUCCAUCAUUUUAAAGGGUGCCUCAGGACUGUCCAUCAUUUUAAAGGGUGCCUCAAGACUGUCCAUCAUUUUAAAGGGUGCCACAGGACUGUCCAUCAUUUUAAACGGUGCCUCGGGACUGUCCAUCAUUUUAAAGGGUGCCUCAGGACUGUCAAUCAUUUUAAAGGGUGCCUCGGGACUGUCCAUCAUUUUAAAGGGUGCCUCGGGACUGUCCAUCAUUUUAAAGGGUGCCUCGGGACUGUCCAU